CUCUGUCAAAUACCCCUCUCUCUCUCUUAAAAAAUAAAAUAAUUUUCCAUCAGACAAAAAAUAAGAAAAAAAAGGAAAAAAAAUCUGAAUUCUCUCUGUCUGGUGUCAUUACCAUAAACCAUUUUUCGACAAGAAAUUAGGUCACAGGACUAACACUCAGAAAUCCAAGAGCUUAAUUUAGAGGUUUUCAGAGGAGGAAAGACUUGAAGUUGAGCUCUAGCGUAUUAGAUAGUGCAGGAUUGUAGAAUAUAUAUGUUAUAUAUUGUAUAGAUUUGCUUUUGAUGAAGAGUGUUGAUUCUGAUUGGGGAUGGUGAACUAUCAGAUUUGGAUUCUUGAUUGGUCGAGCUUGAGGAUUUUUCAGGUUGUGUUUGGUUAAAGCUUUUUUAUUUGACUCAAAUGGCCGGAACUAGUCGUGAGAGAUGGAUUGAUCGUCUUCAAUUCUCUUCUUUGUUUUGUCCUCCUUCACAAGAUGCCCAACAAAGAAAGGCUCAAGUUAUUGCCUAUGUGGAUUAUUUUGGUCAGUUCACAUCAGAUCAGUUUCCUGAUGACAUUGCAGAGCUUGUUCGUAAUCGUUAUCCUUCAAAGGAACAACGCCUAUUUGAUGAUGUCUUGGCUACAUUUGUCCUUCACCAUCCUGAGCACGGGCAUGCUGUUGUUCUUCCAAUUAUUUCGUGUAUUAUUGAUGGCACACUGGUGUAUGACAGGGCCAGUCCACCAUUUGCUUCUUUCAUAUCUUUAGUCUGCCCAAGCAGUGAGAAUGAAUAUUCUGAACAAUGGGCUCUGGCGUGUGGGGAAAUUUUACGAAUUUUAACUCAUUACAAUCGCCCAAUAUACAAAGUGGAACAACAAAACAGUGAAACAGAAAGAAGUCGUAGUGGCAGCCAGGCUACUACUAGCAACAAUGGGGGUUCCUCCUCUCCACCUGCUUCGCAACAAGAGAGGAAACCUAUUAGGCCUUUGUCUCCCUGGAUUACUGAUAUAUUGCUCGCUGCACCUCUUGGUAUCAGAAGUGACUACUUCCGUUGGUGCAGUGGUGUUAUGGGUAAAUAUGCUGCUGGUGAGCUCAAGCCACCUACAACAGCUUCACGUGGAUCUGGAAAGCAUCCUCAGCUGAUGCCAUCAACUCCGAGGUGGGCAGUAGCCAAUGGUGCUGGUGUUAUAUUAAGUGUCUGUGACGAGGAAGUUGCUCGAUAUGAAACGGCUACUUUAACAGCAGUUGCUGUCCCUGCACUUCUACUUCCUCCACCUACAACAGCUUUGGAUGAACAUCUAGUUGCUGGGCUUCCAGCUCUUGAGCCAUAUGCACGUUUAUUUCAUAGGUAUUAUGCUAUUGCUACUCCAAGUGCCACCCAAAGACUUCUUCUUGGACUUCUAGAAGCACCACCGUCAUGGGCUCCAGAUGCACUUGAUGCUGCUGUACAACUUGUGGAACUCCUCCGGGCUGCUGAAGAUUAUGCAACUGGAAUAAGGCUUCCUAGAAACUGGUUGCAUUUGCAUUUCUUGCGUGCAAUUGGGACGGCUAUGUCCAUGAGAGCAGGUAUAGCAGCUGAUGCAGCAGCAGCUCUACUUUUCCGCAUCCUCUCACAGCCUGCAUUGCUUUUUCCUCCUAUAAGGCAAGUUGAGGGAGUUGAAGUUCAACACGAUCCUUUGGGUGGUUAUAUUUCAUCUUACAGGAAGCAGAUAGAGGUGCCGGCUGCUGUAGCAACCAUAGAAGCUACUGCCCAAGGGAUUGCAUCAAUGCUUUGUGCUCAUGGCCCCGAUGUUGAAUGGAGAAUUUGUACAAUAUGGGAAGCUGCUUAUGGCUUGAUUCCUUUGAGUUCCUCUGCGGUUGAUCUUCCAGAAAUCAUUGUUGCCACUCCAUUGCAGCCUCCUGUUCUGUCAUGGAAUCUAUACAUACCUCUCCUUAAGGUAUUGGAAUAUCUUCCUCGUGGAAGUCCAUCUGAAGCAUGUCUCAUGAAAAUUUUUGUUGCCACUGUGGAAGCGAUUCUUCAGAGAACCUUUCCAUCUGAAUCUUCAUCAGAACAAAACAGAAAAUCCAGAUACUUUUCCAGCUUAGGAUCUGCCUCAAAAAAUCUUGCUGUUGCAGAGCUUCGUACAAUGGUUCAUUCACUAUUCUUAGAAUCAUGUGCCUCAGUAGAGCUUGCAUCUCGCCUUUUAUUUGUUGUAUUAACUGUGUGUGUUAGUCAUGAAGUUCAGUUCAUUGGGAACAAGAGGCCCAGAAGAGAAGAAAGUUACCAAUAUGAUGAAAUUACCGAGGAAUCACAAGAUGCAUCUGAUAAGCUGAGAGAAAAUCGAUCUAAAAGGACAAAUAAACAAGGACCUGUUGCGGCAUUUGAUUCGUAUGUACUUGCUGCAGUUUGUGCUCUUUCAUGUGAACUGCAAUUAUUCCCCUUUGUUUUGAAGGGAAGUAAUCAUUCACAUUCUAAGGAUGGGAAGAAUCAUGCGAAGCCUGUCAAAAUAAAUGGAACUAGUAACGAAUUCCGUGAAAGUAUUGACUCAGCAAUUGGACACACACGUAGAAUCUUAGUAAUUCUGGAGGCUCUUUUUUCACUAGAACCAUCUUCACUUGGAACAUCAUGGAGUUACAGCUCAAAUGAGAUAGUGGCUGCAGCAAUGGUUGCAGCACAUGUUUCUGAAUUAUUUAGGCGGUCGAAGGCUUGUAUGCAUGCUCUGUCGGUCCUGAUGCGGUGCAAGUUGGACAAUGAAAUACACAACAAAGCAUCGUCAUUGUAUAACCUCAUUGAUAUUCACAGCAAAGCAGUUGCAUCCAUUGUUAACAAGGCUGAGCCAUUAGAAGCACAUUUAAUACAUGUACCUGUUCGGAAGGAGUCUCAUACAUAUUUGAAUGGAAGAAAGCAAAACCAAUAUGAAAAUGGUAGGUGCUCAGUUUCAGGGAAGCUUACUCUCUCGCAAAGCAAGACUUCAACAAAUGCAGAUUCUAAACUUAAAUAUGAGGGUGCAUCACAUUCAAAUGAAGUCCCGGAAAGUGCUUCGGGUAAAGGUAUUGCAAGCUUUUCUUUAGAUGCUUCGGAUUUAGCCAACUUCCUCACCAAGGACAGGCACAUAGGAUUCAAUUGCAGUGCACAAGUGUUUCUGGGAUCAGUCCUAGCAGAGAAGCAAGAGUUAUGUUUCUCUGUUGUUUCACUGUUAUGGCACAAGUUGAUUGCAGCUCCGGAAACUAAACCUACUGCUGAAAGCACUUCUGCCCAACAAGGAUGGAGACAGGUAGUUGAUGCAUUAUGCAAUGUUGUAAUUGCAUCACCAACAAAGGCCGCAACUGCAGUUGUUCUUCAGGCUGAGAGAGAAUUACAACCUUGGAUUGCGAAAGAUGAUGGCCAGAAGAUAUGGAGAAUCAACCAGCGGAUUGUAAAGCUGAUUGUUGAGCUGAUGAGAAACCAUGAUAGCCUAGAAUCAUUGGUAAUUUUGGCAAGUUCAUCCGAUCUACUUCUUCGUGCCACAGACGGGAUGCUUGUUGAUGGUGAAGCUUGCACUUUACCACAGUUGGAGCUAUUGGAAGCAACUGCUAGAGCUGUUCAGCCCGUGCUGGAGCUGGGAGAAUCUGGGUUGGCAGUUGCCGAUGGCCUCUCAAACUUGUUGAAGUGCCGUCUUUCAGCCACCAUUCGAUGCCUUUCUCAUCCAAGUGCACAUGUCCGUACACUGAGCACAUCAGUUCUUCGUGAUAUUAUGCAAACUGGUUCAAUUAAAACUAAUCCUAAGCCAGUAGAAGUAAACGGUUCUUCUCGAGACCCCUCUUAUAAUAAGUAUUUUAAUCCAGAUGACAUUAAUUGGCUAUCUGAUAUCGAAAAAUGCUUGACAUGGGAAGCUCAUAGCCGACUGGCUACCGGUAGGUCUACACAGUUUCUUGACGUUGCGGCCAAGGAAUUAGGUUGUACCAUCGCCAUAUGACAUCAAGUAGGCUUUUGUUCUGGCAAUUACUUUAGGUGUAUGAUUCUACAAGUGAAACUUACAACAUAGACAAGGGAACAGUUUAAAUGUUCUUGAAGAAUAGUGGUUUGCAGGAAAGUAAAUAUUCAUUCUGUCUUCCAAAUAGAAUGCCUCAAAAAGUCAUCAAUUUUUUUUUUCUUUCUUUUCUUUUGGCCAGACAUAACAAGCCUUCAUGUAAGGAUGAUAAUUAAGUGAGACUGCAGGCAUGGCCUUUUGAGGCUUUAUGUUGUGACAUAUGAUUGUACUAUUUCCUCUCAAGUUGGUUUUGUAUUUUAUAGGCUCAA